AGUAAGGCCUGAUGUAAACAAGGGAGUGGGGCGGUAAGGCCCGGGAGGUCAGAAAGCCGGGCCGUGGGCGGCACCGAGAGCAGGGGACGCGCAGAGGUCAGGGAAGCAAUCCUGGACCAUGACUCAGCAGCCACUUCGAGGAGUGACCAGUCUGCGUUUCAACCAAGAUCAAAGCUGCUUUUGCUGCGCUAUGGAGACAGGUGUGCGCAUCUACAACGUGGAGCCAUUGAUGGAGAAGGGGCAUCUGGACCAUGAGCAGGUGGGCAGCAUGGGCCUGGUGGAAAUGCUGCACCGCUCCAACCUGCUGGCCCUGGUGGGCGGUGGUAGCAGCCCCAAGUUCUCAGAGAUCUCAGUGCUGAUCUGGGACGAUGCCCGGGAGGGCAAGGACUCCAAGGACAAGCUGGUGCUGGAGUUCACCUUCACCAAGCCAGUGCUGGCUGUGCGCAUGCGCCAUGACAAAAUCGUGAUCGUGCUGAAGAACCGCAUCUAUGUGUACUCCUUCCCCGACAAUCCCCGAAAGCUGUUUGAGUUUGACACCCGGGACAACCCCAAGGGGCUCUGUGACCUCUGCCCCAGCCUGGAGAAACAACUGCUAGUGUUCCCAGGACACAAGUGCGGGAGCCUGCAACUUGUGGACCUGGCAAGCACAAAGCCUGGCACCUCAUCUGCUCCGUUUACCAUCAAUGCACAUCAGAGCGACGUGGCCUGCGUGUCUCUGAACCAGCCAGGCACGGUAGUGGCCUCGGCCUCUCAGAAGGGCACCCUUAUUCGCCUUUUUGAUACGCAGUCCAAGGAGAAGCUGGUGGAGCUGCGCCGAGGCACUGACCCUGCCACCCUCUACUGCAUCAACUUCAGCCAUGAUUCUUCCUUCCUGUGUGCAUCCAGUGAUAAGGGCACAGUCCACAUCUUUGCUCUCAAGGAUACCCGCCUCAACCGCCGCUCUGCGCUGGCUCGCGUGGGCAAGGUGGGGCCUAUGAUUGGGCAGUAUGUGGACUCUCAGUGGAGCCUGGCAAGCUUCACCGUGCCUGCUGAGUCAGCCUGCAUCUGUGCUUUUGGUCGCAACACUUCCAAGAAUGUCAACUCUGUCAUUGCCAUCUGUGUAGAUGGGACCUUCCACAAAUAUGUCUUCACUCCCGAUGGAAAUUGCAACAGAGAGGCUUUCGAUGUGUACCUUGACAUCUGUGAUGACGAUGACUUUUAAGGACCCUGUGGGUUGUGCUAGGGACCUGCAGUGGCAGACUGCAAAGCCUGUGCGGGGGUGGGAGUGCUGUGGAAGCCACCAGCCAGAAAACAUUAAUGGAGCAGGUGCCCACUUUCCACUCUUAAGAGCAAUGCCUAAACAGCUCAGUCGCCCCAAGCACUUCUUGAUGACUGUGUGCCCGCAGAGCCAGGCCAGGGACUCAGAGAGACAGCGGCCCCCCUGGGGCUCCCAGCCUGGAGAAGACUGCUAGGGACCCAGAGUGGGUGCCCUAAUCCAACCUGUGGGGAUUUUUAAAAGACUUCCCAGAAAGAGACGAUCUCUGAUAUGAUGAAUGUGAAUAAAAGGCCCUUAA